CCGAAGCUUUGUUUUAUACAUUAUUCUUAACCGUUUAUUUUUAAAUAACAUAUAUUUUUAAUAGCACGAAAUAGAUGCAAAUAUUUUUAUGGCCUUAAACAAUUUAAAUAGAUUUUAUUUUAAUUUUUAGGACUUAAUUAUACGACUUUUUGAACGCUAUAAGUAAACGGUAAAUAACAAGGGCUUAUCCGCAAAACGACACGGACGUAUUUCCGCUUCCACCUGCGCCGAGAUCUCGGAAGAGGAUUCAGAAGAAGCAGGCUUCCGCUGCUGCUUCCCCCACUCGAAUCCAAGCAACCACGCCCCCACGCCCAGUCCAACCCCAACCCGCGAAGCUGGCGCGCGAGGCGGCCGACGCGAGCGCCCGCAAGCGCAAGGCGGGGGACGGCGGCGAGGUCCCCGACGCCACCGCCUCGGCAGAGGUGGCCGCAGCGCCGACCCCCGGAGAGGACGCGGCCAUGGGCGACGUUCCACAGGCGCCGCACGCUGCGGGAGGUGGAGAAGAGUGGGCGGGGCCGGACCCUAACCCUAGCCCGAGCCUCGGCGGCUGCUCGGACCCCGUGUCGGUGGAGCUCUCCAUGGGCGGGGACUACUACCGCGCCUGCUGCGGCGAGCCCGAUCCCGACAUCCCCGAGGGGCCCAAGCUGCCGUGCGUUGGGGACAAGGAACCUCUCUCCUCUUUAGCAGCUGAGUUUCAGUCUGGCAGCCCCAUUUUACAAGAGAAAAUUAAGUUGCUUGGCGAGCAAUAUGGUGCUUUAAGACGUACACGUGGAGAUGGAAACUGCUUUUAUCGAAGCUUUAUGUUUUCCUACCUGGAACACAUCCUAGAGACACAAGACAAAGCUGAGGCUGAUCGCAUCAUGGUAAAAAUUGAGGAAUGCAAGAAAACACUCCUCUCUCUUGGAUAUAUUGAGUUCACUUUUGAGGACUUCUUUUCGAUAUUCAUUGAACUGCUGGAAAGUGUUCUGCAGGGACAUGAAACUCCUAUAGGGUUUGUCACUUCUGGUGAAAUUCAAAGGAGGUCUGACUUCUUUGAACCGUUCAUAUCUGGCUUGACAAAUUCAACCGUGGUUCAGUUCUGCAAGGCUUCUGUGGAACCUAUGGGUGAGGAAAGUGACCAUGUGCACAUAAUUGCCCUAUCAGAUGCACUAGGCGUACCAAUCCGUGUUAUGUACCUAGACCGAAGCUCGUGUGACACUGGCAACCUGAGCGUGAAUCACCACGAUUUCAUCCCGUCGGCCAAUGAUUCGGAGGGUGAUGCGGCCACGACACCUGCUCCUGCCACAGAGAAACCGUACAUCACUUUGCUCUACCGUCCUGGCCACUACGAUAUUCUCUACCCAAAGUGAAUUUUGCGCAUGGUUAGUUUCACGACUUCGGUUGAGAAAGCACACUGCCCAGAAAACUCGUCAUGUUUCGCCUGUGUGCUGCCAAAGGUGGCAAACUUGCUUUUGAGUGCUUAAUGCCAAUGCCCUCGUUCAAUCUAGAUGUUCUCUACCUGCUGUAAGUCUUACUCUGGUACAAGGAUUUAACAUUGUGUUGACUGCAGAGAAGUUCCCGUGGAUAUUUGCUACUCAUCAGUUAUUCGUUCAUGUUUUUUUUUUCUUUUACCUUGAUCUGUCGUUGCAAACCAAGUUCAUAAAGUUUAAACCUCGUUGAGGAAUGCUAGUCUUUCA